AUGCGCAGCAUCCUCCCUUUCUUCGCCCUUCCCCUUCCCAUCCACGCUGGCAUAAACUGGGAUGUUUACGAGUACGGUGUAGUCCCCACAUUCAAAUGGUCACGUUCUUUUCCAGACGACGGUACCGACCCAGGAGGGUUCCAUGUCAACUGCCGUGUGAAGCGGACCUUCCACGCGAAUAUGUACAAACUCAAGGAUCUGCCCGAGCCGCCACCGAUUGGCCUGGCACCCUGGCAUGACGCGAUCGAGGAUUUCCUGGCCAAGAGGGAGUACCCAGGGACGUGGGAUGGUGUGGAUCAUAAGGGGCAGGAUAGGGAGAUUGUCAUGAUGGAGUGGUUGGAUGUGCCGAGCAGGGUGAGGGAAUGGAUUGAGGAGCAGCAGAGGACUGCGGAUCCGGAGAAUUAUAAGAGGUGGAUGUUUGGAGUGUUUAGGAAGCCUAGGUAUGAGGGGGAGAAGGUGUAUGGGACGGUUAGACCGAAGGGGGCACAGAGGACGGCGAAGCCGGCUGCUACUUCGACUGCGACGCAGGCUGCUAUGACUACUACUGAGACACCUUCGGCAGAUGCUGCGUCUACUACGCCAGGGAUGGAGGCCCAUAGCCCGCAGGAACAGGGGCAAACUGGGACCAGCCAUGUGCACUUGAUGGAGGAUAAUAUAGUCGAUGUGGCUGACAAGGACAAGAUCGUGGUGUUUGCAGCUGGUUCCAUCUAUGAGAUUCUACCACUGUGGGUGUCGCAAGGCAGUGGGUGUGAGAGUGAACUUGAAAACCUUGCCAACUAUCGCAGCCAAGCAGUCGAUCACUCGAUCCUCGCAUGGCCGAUCGACCACACAAAGCCGCGUCGCGACCUAGGGAAGAGGGACAUGCAGUUCACGAUCGAGGCCAUGUCAGUAACGGAAACUGAGGACGGUAAGCGGGCAAGGAAAAUGUGGGAGAAGCUGUACCGGUCAGUCAGGCGUCAUGAACGGAAGCAGCUUCGGGAAGAGCGCCUGAAGAAGAGGAAGGAAAUUGAGGAAGAACGAGAGAGAGAUGAACUGUAG